AUGUCGACGCGACCGACCCGACGAGCCGCUGCCAAGCGCAAGCAGAUCAUAGAGUCUGAUGAUGAGGACGAGAUCGCAAACCCACCCUCUCCACCACCUGCAGACGACGACGAUAGCGAGGGAGACUUCACACCCGCGCCGGCUAAGAGCUCGCGCAAGUCCACCGGCGGCAGGAGGAAGACUAUCCCGGCCGAAACACCCCCAGCAUCCGAGACAGCACCUCGUCGCCGUGGUGGUAGGCCCAGAAAGAGCGCAGCCCCAAGUGUCGCACCAGAUACCACGAGCGUCGAGCCGGGCGAGUCUAGCCAGGUUGCAGAUGCAGACCAGAGCAUUCCUGCUACAAAUUCGGCGCCGCGGAGGCGAGGUCGCCCAAAGAAAACUGCCGUCAAAGAAGAAAGUGUCGAGCCCGAGGCAAGCAUCCAACCCAGCAUUGAGCCGGUCAAUGAGCCGGACGAGAACCUGGAACCAGUUGCCGAGGAUGCCGAGCACAAUCAGACUGCAAUGGAUGUCGACGAGGAGCAAGAACCUGUCAAGAAGCCCGGGCGCAAACGUAAGAGUGUUGCGCCGCCAGCGACAUCGUCAAAGGAGGUUCCGACGCCCGAUAUACAACAGCCUCCAACCCCCGCCACGCCUAGACUCUCCAAGCCAUCCGCAACGCCAGACCCUGACAGAUUUCAGACGCCGCUGUCAGACAUCACUAAUACUGCUGGAAAUGAUCAGCGGCGGCCCAUCGAGGACACACUGCUCAACACCGGCGUCAAGCCGAUCAAGCCGCUGGACGCAGUCAUGGAAAAGCCCAUGGACAUUGUGUUGAAGUCCCGGACCAUGGUCAUACCCCAGGUAGAGGACCUGACACCCAAACCUCGCCUCGUCAUCACAUAUCUCAUCCUCACCAACUUCAAGAGUUACUCUGGGCGUCAAGAGGUUGGGCCCUUCCACGCGUCUUUCUCCUCAGUCGUCGGUCCCAAUGGCUCUGGAAAAUCUAAUGUGAUCGACUCGUUGUUGUUUGUCUUUGGCUUCCGAGCCAGCAAGAUGCGACAAGGCAAACUUUCAGCUUUGAUUCACAAUUCUGCUGAGCAUCCGAAUCUUGAUUUUUGUGAAGUUGCAGUGCAUUUCCAGGAGGUCCUGGAUCAGCCUGGGGGUGGCCACGAAGUAAUCCCGGAUUCGGAUCUCGUCAUUUCUCGUAAAGCCUUCAAGAACAAUUCCAGCAGCUACUACAUCAACGGCAAGACAUCCACAUACACCGUUGUCACCACCCUGCUGCGGGACCGCGGUGUUGACCUUGACCACAAACGAUUCCUCAUCCUGCAGGGUGAGGUCGAAUCCAUCGCACAAAUGAAGCCCAAAGCCGCGAACGAGCACGAUGAUGGUUUGCUCGAGUAUCUCGAAGACAUCAUUGGUACAUCAAAAUACAAGACCCCAAUCGAGGAAUCCGCCACAGAAGUUGAGACGCUCAACGAAAUAUGCAUGGAGAAGAGUGGUCGCGUUCAACAUGUCGAGAAGGAGAAGCACAGUCUUGAGGAUAAGAAAAACAAGGCUCUCGCGUACAUCCGUGACGAGAACGAGCUCACAAUGAAGCAAUCGGCGCUAUACCAGAUUUACAUCGACGAAUGCAAUGACAACCUUCUUGUGACCGAGGAGGCCAUCACCCAAAUGCAGGCACAGCUUGACGAGGAGCUGGAGAAGCAUCAAGGUAGCGAGGCAAUUAUCAAGGAGCUGCAGAAAAAGUAUUCCAAAGGCAGCAAGCAGUAUGAGGCUCAGGACAAGGAGACUCAGGCCCUUGUCAAGGAGAUGGCCAAGUUUGAGCAGGAGCGCGUCAAAUUCGAUGAGAAGCGUAAAUUUUUGGUCGACAAGCGCAAGAAGCUCGAGAAGACGAUAGCCAACGCCGAGAAGACAAGUACAGAAGCGGGGGAGACGAUUGAGCAGUGCACCGAAGACAUCGAGACACGCGCACAGGAGAUUGUCAGCCUUGAAGAGCAGAUCAAGGAAGCAGAGUCCGAGCUUGCUGUCAUCAGGGAAGGCCUCAAAGGCAAGACGCAGGCCUUCUCAGACCAGAUCGCUGCCAAGCAAAGGUCAUUGGAGCCUUGGCAGGAGAAGAUCAACGUGAAGCAGUCCGCCAUUGCAGUCGCCGAGAGUGAGCUGAACAUACUCAAGGAGAAAGCAAAUGCCGGCGCAGUUGCUCUCGAGGAAAUGGAGAAAAAGAUUGCGUCCACGCAGGAACGUCGCAAUGAGAAACAGCAAGAGCUCAAGGCCUGCCAGGAAGAAAAGAAAGAGCUUGAAGCUGAAGCACAACAGGCCCAGGCUGAACUCGAGCAGCUGGCUGGACAGGAGCCAAAAAUCCGGGCCAAGUUGUCUAACUCACGACAAAAGGCCGAUGAGGCUCGUUCCAGUCUUUCUGCGACUCAGACCCAGGGCAAUGUCCUAACGGCCCUUAUGCGAAUGAAAGAGUCGGGCCGUAUCGAUGGCUUUCAUGGUCGUCUUGGAAAUCUAGGAGCAAUUGACCAGAAGUAUGACGUCGCAAUAUCAACUGCCUGCGGUGCACUUGACAAUUUCGUCACCGACACUGUGGAAGCGGGUCAGCAAUGUAUUGAAUACCUGCGCAAGACAAACAUGGGUCGCGGAAACUUCAUAUGUCUGGACAAGCUAAGGUCACGGGAUCUUUCCCCCAUUCAGACACCAGAGGAUGCUCCACGUCUUUUCGAUCUUGUUCAAGCGAAGGAAGACAAGUUCCGGGCAGCCUUCUACCAUGCGCUCCAAGACACUUUGGUCGCCACAGACCUUGCACAGGCAAACCGCAUAGCGUACGGAGCCAAGAGAUGGCGAGUUGUGACCCUCGAUGGUGAACUGAUCGAUAAGUCGGGUACCAUGUCCGGUGGUGGCAACUCCAAGAAGAAGGGCUUGAUGUCAUCCAAACUUGUCGCCGACACUACAAAAGAACAAGUAUUGAAGUUGGAAAGCGACCGCGAUGCGCUUGAACAAAAGUUUCAAGAGUUUCUCGAGUACCAACGAGAGCAAGAGACUAGUCUGCGCGAUCUGCGAAAUCGGAUCCCUCAGCUUGAGACCAAGAUGCAAAAGAUCAACCUCGAGAUCGAGAGCUCAACCAAGAACCUGGCCGAUGCCCAACGUCGCAUAAAGGAGCUCAGCAAAGAGCACCAACCCUCGAAAACCGAUGACAGCCGUGUUACCGCUUUGGAAAAAGAGGUCAAGAGUCUGCAAAAAGAAGUCGAGAAGCUGCAUGACGAGACCUCUACUGUCGAAGAAGAGAUCAAGGCGCUUCAGGACAAGAUCAUGCAAGUCGGUGGCGACAAGCUCCGCACGCAGAGGGCCAAGGUUGACCGUCUCAAAGCGGAAAUCGCUUCUCAGAAUGAGGAAACCUCCAAAGCCGAGGUCAAGAAGGCCAAGGCGGAGAAGCAAAAGACCAAGCUUGCCAAAGAUCAUGCAAAGGCGACCAAGGAACUUGAUGCCGCCAUCAGAGACCUUGAAAGUCUCGAAGACGAGAUUUCAAACCAAGGCGACAAGGCCGAGGAUUUCAAGGGCCGUGUCGAAGAAGCUCAAGAAGGCCUCGCAGUUAAGAAGCAAGAGCUCGCCGAGUUGAAGUCGGAACUCGACGAGAAGACUGCAGAGCUCAAUGCCACUCGAGCCAGCGAAAUUGAGAUGCGAAACAAGUUGGAGGAAAAUCAGAAGGUCCUCGCCGAGAAUCAAAGGAAAGUCCGCUACUGGGAAGACAAACACUCCAAGCUUAGGCUUCAAGACAUAGAGGAUCUCGAAUCCGCUGCCGCUCCGAAGCAUGCCGCAGACGGUGCGAACGGUGUUGCUGAAAAUGCCCAAGAUGGCGAUAAUGCGGAUGAGGCCGGUGCUCAGGCUGAGGGAGACGGUGACUCCGAUGUCGAGAUGACCGACGCCGAUGUUGACGCCGAUGCAGUCGAGGAAGAGGUAGAUACCACAGUGGUCCGUGAUCGCAAGACUAAGAAGACCCUCCCGCGCUACAGCAAAGAUGAGCUCGAAGACAUGAACAAGGAGACCCUAAAAGGCGAGAUUGCCGCUCUGGAGGAGAAGACGCAAAACGUCAAUGUCGAUCUCGGCGUCCUUUCCGAGUACCGCCGCCGCGUUGAGGAACAUGCCGCCAGGUCGUCUGACCUCCAGACAGCCGUGACACAACGUGACGCAGCCAAGAAGCGAUGCGAUGAACUUCGUCGACUGCGUCUUGAAGGCUUCAUGGAGGGCUUCAGCAUGAUCUCCCUUAGACUCAAGGAGAUGUACCAAAUGAUUACCAUGGGUGGUAACGCCGAGCUCGAACUUGUCGACUCGCUCGACCCCUUCUCCGAGGGCAUUCUCUUCAGCGUCAUGCCGCCCAAGAAGUCGUGGAAGAAUAUCAGCAACCUGUCUGGUGGUGAAAAGACACUCAGCAGUCUGGCGCUCGUGUUUGCUCUACACCACUACAAGCCGACGCCACUGUAUGUGAUGGACGAGAUCGAUGCCGCUCUAGAUUUCAGAAACGUGUCUAUCGUCGCCAACUACAUCAAGGAGCGCACCAAGAACGCCCAGUUCAUCGUCAUCUCCCUCCGCAACAACAUGUUCGAGCUGGCGGCCCGGCUCGUUGGCGUAUAUAAGGUCAACCACAUGACCAAGAGCGUAUCGAUCGAGAACCAGGACUACAUCGUGGGCAGGCGGCCGCAGCCGCAGCAGGUGCAGCAACUUGGUGGGGGCGCGACGCAGACUGUCAACUUCACGCUCAGCCAGCCAUGGAGGUGA